UGACAUUGACACAUGUGCCGCACCGUUCGUGUUGUGUUGUUUUUUGAUACAGUUUUCCGAGUUUUCCAAUAAAUUUGUCUGUAUUUACGAAAAAUAUAAUUAUGUCAAAAGUAACUAAAAGGAAACAUGUAAUGAAUGAGGCCUUAUGGGACGACUAUGAAUUGCCAAAAGAGAAUCAAAAUGUAGUGAAAGUUUUAAAAAGUAAAGGAAACAACUUGCACGAGGUUACCACUCCAUCCGGUGAAGAAUAUCUUGUAUCAAUGCCGACAAAGUUCCGUAAAAACAUUUGGGUAAAAAGAGGCGAUUACAUUCUAGUAGAGCCUAUAUUAGAAGGUGAUAAAGUUAAGGCGGAAAUAGUUAAAAUAAUGAACAAAGACUCUAUAAAAUAUUACAAAGAAAAUAAUGUAUGGCCAAAGGAAUUUAACGAAGCUAAGAAAGAAAUCAAAACUGAUGAGGACAACAUAUUUGUAAACACCAAUAGAAAAAAUGUUAAUGUAUAUGAAAGUGAUAGUGACUCUUCAGAUCCUAGUGACAGUGAUGAUGAUGGUGGAGGGGAUAAUGAUAAAUAAAAUAGUAGUCUAAAACAAGUAUUUCCUUUAUUAUAACCUUAAAUAAAAUUCUUAAAUUAACUUAAUGUCUAAUAACGAACAAUUAAAAUACCGUAGCUAUGAGAAAUACAUCAAUAUAUGAUAACAAAAAUUGUCUAGAAUUAUGAGAGAUCAAUGUCGAAAAUUCAUUUUAGAUCGGUAUCUACAUCAUCAGCCAUUAUGAACUCGUAAAUCCUCUUGAUGAGUUGAACAGACUGCACAUUCGCCCACCCUUCA